ACACCGACCGGAACGGAACCUCUAUCCAUACAUACAUUUUUAAUAAUAAUAUAUAUUAUCACACACUUUUUCUCAGUCCGUUUCGAACCCAUCCAUUAAAGCUCCUCACAAAUCUCACCAGUUUCGAACCUAAUAUACUCUCUCACCAUUUCUUUUCUUUCACGCUCAUGUGAUUCUUUUCCCUACUUUUUUUUUUGUUGUUUCUCUCUUUGUAAGCUCCUUCUCAUUGCUGCAACGAAGGGUCUGUUUGGGGUGCUCCGGAUUCUUUUUUUGUAGGUAUGGGUAUAGCUACAGCUCCGUUGAAUUUGCUUCUGGGAGAUGAUGCAAUUUUUUUUUGUGUUGUUUCUCUGAUUUCUUGGUGACUAAACGGAACUCGCAUUGUUAUCUGAUUUUUGUGUGAUUUCUUCUCAAAAAAUUGAUCGUUACUGUCAUCACGUUGCUUACUGGAAGCUCCAUUGUUGGAUCAUUUUGAUCUCGGUUCAGAUUUAUGAACUCCUACAGGCAAUCAUGGUGUCAAGGUCUUACAUGAGUUUGUUGGAAUUUGCAUCUGGGGACAUGUUAAAUUUCCCUCAGACUCCUAGAACCCUUCCAAGGGUGAUGACUGUUCCCGGAAUCAUUUCUGAUGUAGACAGUGGUGCAAGUAGUAAUGAAGAUUUAGAUGUUCCCUCUAAAAUCCGUGAAAAGAUAAUUAUAGUGGCAAAUUUUCUCCCUCUAAAUGCUCAAAAGGACCCAGAAUCUGGCAGAUGGUGCUUUAGUUUUGACGAGGAUGCACUUUUAUUGCAACUGAAGGAUGGUUUCUCAUCUGAUAGUGAUGUUGUUUAUGUGGGAUCUCUGAAGGUUGACAUCGAUGCCAGAGAGCAAGAAGAAGUUUCCCAAAGACUGCUGGAGGAGUUUAAUUGUGUGCCCACAUUCCUCCCUCCUGACCUCCAGAAAAAGUUCUAUCAUGGGUUCUGCAAGCAAUAUUUGUGGACCCUUUUUCACUACAUGCUGCCCCUGUCCCCAGACCACGGUAAUCGCUUUGACCGGAUGCUUUGGCAGGCCUAUGUUUCUGUGAAUAAAAUAUUUGCUGAUAAGGUUAUGGAGGUCAUCAAUCCUGAAGAUGAUUAUGUGUGGGUUCAUGACUAUCAUCUCAUGGUUCUCCCUACGUUUUUGAGAAAGCGUUUCAAUCGAGUUAAGCUUGGCUUCUUCCUUCAUAGCCCAUUUCCCUCAUCAGAAAUUUACAGGACUCUGCCUGUCAGAGAUGAGAUUCUGAAAGCACUGCUUAAUUCAGAUUUGAUUGGUUUUCAUACGUUCGACUAUGCUCGCCACUUUCUCUCUUGUUGCAGUAGAAUGCUGGGCUUGGAGUAUAAAUCUAAGCGGGGCCACAUUGGACUUGAAUAUUUUGGACGCACAGUUUAUAUCAAAAUUUGUCCCGUGGGCAUUCAUAUGGGUCGACUUGAAUCUGCAUUGAAUCACCCUACUUCUUCCAUCAAGGCCAAAGAGAUCGCAGAGCAAUUCAAGGGGAAAAAGCUUAUUAUUGGUGCUGAUGACAUGGACAUUUUCAAAGGCAUUAGUCUAAAAUUAUUAGCCAUGGAGCAGCUUUUGCAGCAGAAUCAAGAGUUAAGGGGGAAACUUGUUCUGGUGCAAAUUGUAAAUCCUGCAAGGAGCACAGGAAAGGAUGUUCAGGAGGCAAAAAGGGAGACAUAUAUGACUACCAGAAGGAUAAAUAAGGUUUUUGGUUUUCCAGGUUAUGAACCAGUUAUCCUUAUUGAUCGUAAGGUGCCUACAUAUGAGAAGACUGCCUAUUAUGCUUUGGCAGAAUGUUGCAUUGUCAAUGCUGUGAGGGAUGGUAUGAACUUAGUCCCAUACAAGUACAUUGUUUGUAGGCAAGGGACUGCAAAAAUGGAUGAAGCUUUGGGAAUCACCUCUGCAUCUCCUCGUGCUAGUACACUUGUUGUUUCUGAGUUCAUAGGAUGCUCACCAUCCCUAAGUGGGGCAAUUAGGGUGAACCCAUGGGAUAUUGAUGCUGUGGCCGAUGCACUAAAUUUGGCCAUCACGAUGCCUGAUUUAGAGAAGCAGUUGCGGCAUGAGAAGCACUUUCGCUACAUUAGUUCUCAUGAUGUGGCUUAUUGGUCUUGCAGCUUCCUGCAGGAUCUGGAGAGGGCCUGCAAAGAUCACUAUAGCAAACGAUCCUGGGGCAUUGGGUUUGGUCUUAGUUUCAGAAUUUUGUCUCUAUCUCCCAGUUUUCGGAAGCUUUCGGUUGACCAUAUUGUCUCUGCAUAUAAGAGGACGAAAAGAAGGGCAAUUUUUUUGGAUUAUGAUGGAACAGUUGUGUCUCAAGCUUCAAUUAUUAAAACCCCAACACCUGAAGUCAUCUCUGUUCUGAACAACCUGUGUAAUGACCCCGAGAACACUGUUUUUAUAGUUAGUGGUAGGGGGAAAAACUCACUUGGUGAAUGGUUUGAUCAAUGUGAGAAUCUGGGUAUUGCGGCUGAGCAUGGAUACUUCAUAAGGUGGAGUAGGACAUCCAAUUGGGAAACCAAUCCCAUUGCCACAGAUUUUGAUUGGAAAAGAAUUGCUGAACCUGUAAUGACAUCAUAUACCGAGAAAACUGAUGGCUCCUAUAUAGAGGCCAAGGAGAGUGCCUUGGUGUGGCACCAUCAAGAUGCUGAUCCCGACUUUGGAUCUUGCCAGGCCAAGGAGCUUUUGGAUCAUCUUGAAAAUGUCCUUGCAAAUGAGCCUGUAGUUGUUAAGAGGGGACAGCAUAUUGUUGAAGUAAAACCACAGGGAGUUACUAAAGGAUUGGUUGCAGAGAAAGUUCUCUCAACAAUGAUCAGUAAUAGCAAACCACCAGAUUUUGUUAUGUGCAUUGGGGAUGAUAGAUCCGACGAGGACAUGUUUGAAAGCAUAUCAACCACGUCUUAUAGCUUAUGUUUACCGGCAGCUCCGGAGAUCUUUGCAUGCACUGUCGGCCAAAAACCAAGCAAAGCUAGGUACUAUCUUGAUGAUACUGUGGAUGUUGUGAGAUUGCUUCAAGGUCUGGCCACUGCUUCAAAUAUCAAGCCAAGGUCGGGGGGCUGCUUGAUGCAGCUCAUGGUUCCUUUAGAGAGGCGGAUGAGCACCUGGGAUUAUGGUUGUCUGGAAUCGUCGCCGACUGACUGACAUAGCAUUUUUUGUUUACUUGAAAGGUGGGCCGGUCUGCGUAUCUAUCCGCGCUUAUUAGGCACCAUUCAUCAGAUGUUAAUUACAGGUAUAGUUACCAAUACAUGGAAAUUCAUUCUACUAUGGACGUGUUCCUCCUAGGGCAAUGCUUUCUGGCUGGAGAUCCCAAUGAGGAUGGUACUUUGCACCUUCACCCCUUAAAACUGAACAGGUUUCUUGACUCAGACGAUGUAUAGAGAACUUCAUACUUCACAGAAUGUUAGAUAAUCCUAUUUUUCUUUUGACCUAUCCACGAUUUUACUCUCUUA